CCCUUCUUUCACACUUCAUAGCCAACAUUGUUGGAAAACAAGGUGAAAUGGGAUACAUGGUCAUGUCAUGGCUCUUCUUGACUCAAUUCCUAAUGCUUCAUGCUGAGAGCAAAGCCAAAGUUCCCGCUAUUAUCGUGUUCGGAGAUUCAUCCGUGGAUGCCGGAAACAACAAUCAGAUUCCUACCAUUGCUCGGAGCAAUUUUGAGCCUUAUGGCCGCAACUUUGCUGGUGGUAGGCCAACCGGGCGAUUUUCCAAUGGCCGGAUUCCUACUGAUUUCAUCUCCGGGGCUUUUGGGCUCAAACCAAUCGUCCCUGCCUACUUAGAUCCAAUGUAUAACAUAUCGGAUUUUGCCUAUGGUGUCACUUUUGCUUCAGCAGGAACUGGCUAUGACAAUGCCACUGCUGAUGUACUAGAUGUGAUACCACUGUGGAAGGAACUGGAAUACUACAAGGAUUAUCAGAAGAAACUGAGAGCAUUUCUAGGUGUAAAGAAGGCCAAUGAUAGAUUAAGUAAAGCAUUGUAUGUUUUGAGCAUGGGAACAAAUGACUUCCUCGAGAACUACUACACACUUCCUGACCGGCAAUCGCAGAUGUCCAUAGACCAGUAUGAAGAUUUUCUCAUUUCAAUCGCCAAAGGUUUCAUCCAAAACUUGUACGGUCUAGGAGCUCGGAAAAUAUCCCUCGGAGGGCUUCCUCCCAUGGGGUGUUUGCCACUGGAGAGAACAACAAACUUCAUGAAUGGAUAUGAAUGUAUGGAGAGUUACAACACGGUAGCUUUGGCUUUCAAUGACAAAUUGAAGGGUUUGGUGGGAAAACUAAACAAGGGCCUACCAGGGAUCAGAGUUGUCCUAUCAAAUCCCUACCAAAUUCUCCUGCAGAUAAUUCAGAAACCUUCCUCAUAUGGAUAUGAUGAGGCAGCAGUGGCAUGUUGUGCAACCGGGAUGUUUGAGAUGGGUUACGCCUGUGAUCGAUAUAAUCCAUUUACAUGCACGGAUGCCAACAAAUAUGUAUUUUGGGAUUCAUUUCAUCCUACUGAAAAGACUAAUCAUUUAGUUGCUGAUCAUCUCGUUAAGACUGUUCUAUCUGAGUUCCUUUGAUAUGUGUCGUCCUAGCUACUGGUUGAACACAAGCAGCAGCUAAGGGUUUGUUUGGUAAUAGUGUGAGACUUGAGUUUUCUUCGUGCCUAUAUGUAAGUAUGCUUUUAAUUAGAGCAUAAUAUUUAUUAGAUUACUGUUGUUAUUCAUUA